AUGGCAUCUCUCAAAGUCCUCAUUGUUGGUGCUGGCGUGGGUGGCCCAGCAACUGCCUACUGGCUCUCCAAGAUCCCACAAUGUAUCAUCACGGUUGUGGAGGUUAGCCCGAAUCUCCGCGCCACCGGCCAACAGAUCGAUCUUCGCGGACAAGGCAUCGUCAUGAUGAAAAUGAUGGGCAUCCAGGAACGCGUUCGGGCCGUUCUAUGUCGUGAGCCCGGAACACGAAUUAUUAACUCCAAAGGCCAGAGCCAAGCAUACAUGCCUGCGAAUACCAGCGGGCAGGGAAGACAGUCUGUGACGAGCGAGUACGAAAUCAUGAGGGGGGAUUUGAACAAUAUCCUUUUCGAGGAGAGUCAAAAAAAGGAUAACGUCACCUAUGUUUUCGACCGUUCAAUAGAGAACCUCACGCAGGAUGAGGGGGUGAUUGGUGGCAAGGUGCACGUAACGUUCUCAAACGGCACAGCGGAAGACUACGAUAUCGUCAUUGGCGCCGAUGGAGUCAACUCAAAAACCCGCAGUCUCAUGCUGGGCCCUUCAUUCCCUGAUCCACGCCGAAAACUUGGUGUCCAUGUGGCAUUUUUCACAGCGCCAACUAUCAAGUCGGAUCCAAGGGAUAUGACAAUCUGCCCUAUGCCUGGCGGUAAGGUCAUGAUGACCCGGAAGGACAGCCCCGACAACAUUAGAGUUUAUUUCAUGGCACGCCUGGGGUGCGGAAAGGCCGACGAAGCUAGAACCCUGUCAGAGAAGAAGGCCGCGAUCGCGGCCAUGUUUAGGGGAAGUGACGGCUUCCAGAUCGACAGAUUCUUACAAAACCUAGAAGAGUCACCCGAGGCUGAUGAUUUGUACUGCCACCAUGAGAUGUCGGUGCGUCUACCUGAAGGCUUGUGGUCCAGGGGUCAAGUUGUUCUGCUUGGCGAUGCUGCAAAUGGAUCGGGUGCAAAUGGCUGGGGGACCACUUCCGCGCUGAUCCAGGCUUAUGUACUCAGCGGCGAGAUUGCCACUCGAUGGGAAGAGAGUCAACAAACGGGAACAGUUUGGAAAUUUCAGGAAGCAGCGCAGGAGUUUGAGCGCAUCAUCCGCCCAAUCAUCAAAGACAGCCCUGAGUUUCUUCCCAAAAUCACGCUCCCUGAGACGAAACUGGGGAUUUGGUUUGUGGUCAACCUGCUAUGGCUCAUCACAACAUUGAGGGUGGACAAAAUCUUAUCCUUUCUCCUGCCGUCAGAGGGGGAGCAGAAGCUGGAGUACAAGGAUUAUUUUGGGUUGAGGUCUCAAUAUGGGGUGUAA